AUAACCUUGCUGUCUUGCUGACACUGAUAAUAGGCCUUUGUCCAUCCGUCUUCUAAAAUCCAUGAUUAAAACCAUUCAUGCAGUUAUAUCGAGCUGUGUAUAUUAUACUAUGUAUCAUUGUUGACCAUUCGCAUAGGUUUCUUUAUAGGACAACUUUCUCUGCACACCGAUCAUCAGAUAGGUUCUCUUUGACGGCAGCAAAGAGUCUUCACUGACUGAGGAGCAGACGUCGAAGGAUAAAGCUUGGACGUCGAGGGAACUCUACCCAGCUAGCUUUAAUGGUCAAUGAUCUGGAAACCUGAAGGUUGACCAUCAUCAAAUCAUCCCACGUGUGGACUCAUGCAGACGAGUUGAGGUGAUUCAAAAGUUACCAAACGGCAUAGACGACAACAAUAUCAAAAACAGUAGCAGAAGUAGCAGCAACGACAGCAACCAAAACUUUUGAAUUAAGUGUCCAAGCUAUAAAUUAAGAAAUACAAAAUGGUGAUGGCAAGCGACAAUUCGUCUACUGACGGCUGUUCGUCCCAAGUCAAUUCAGCAACGGAGGAGGCAAUUUUUCUUGGAUCUUUCGGAGGGGGUAUAGCUCUUCUAGUCAUCCUAUCUCUACUAACUGUAGCUACGAUUAUUAUGUUCAUACAUUCGUAUGUUCGGAUCAGGCAUCGUGUUAAAAGUCAAAGCAGGAGAAUAUUCCUUAUUCGACUUUUUGCAAUUUUUCCAAUCUACUCAGCCACAUCUUUAGCAGGAGUUUACUUUCCACGGGCAUCGCUCAUAACAGGUUGGGGAUCUAGUUUGUACCUGUCUGUGACGUUGUAUACCUUCGUUCUACUGAUCAUCGACUACUAUGGAGGUCUUGAAGCAAUGGAACGUCAUCUUGAGGGGGUCGAGGUAUCCCUCUCGGCCCCACCCCUUACGUGCUGCUGCCCCUGCUUACCCAAGGUUGUCUUCAUGGACCACUUCCACGGGAUGAGAGUGCUAGUCUUGCAAGCAGUUUACCUCAGACCCCUAACAACCAUCAUUGGGGCUAUUUUAUGGACCGAUGGAAUCUAUGCACCUAGAAUCGGACCUGACUCGGCCUUUCUCUACCUGACCAUCAUCAGUCUCAUAUCCUCUCUGGUUGCUGUCUAUGGUCUCUCUGUCAUGUACAACGCUACGCUAAGACACCUCCGACACUUCAUGAUCGGCGUAAAGUUCGCCGUCCUCAAAUGCGUAAUCAUCGUGACGAAUUUACAGAACAUGAUCAUCGCCGCCCUCUCCGCGGCCAAUGCCAUCCCGUGUUCCGGAGCAUUUAAUUCGCCAGCAAGAGGAACGCUCAUCUACCACAUCCUGGUCAUCUGCGAGAUGUUCCUCAUCCUCCUCGUCCUCAAGAUCUACUACGCCCAAUGGUCGAAGAAACACGAAUACGGCAAACACUUCUCGUCGAAAGCUUCGGUCGGCGACCUCAAGCCCGCAGCCGAAGAGAAGCCACCCGCGGUUGAGGCCACCAACGAGGGCAUGGGCGAUGUCGAACUGAAGGCGGGUGUCAAUGGGGAAUCGCAGUCGAGCCCGGAUAAGAGCGACACUGGCGUAUGAUCACGCGGGGUUAUGACUUAUGGAUUGUAUCUCGUGAUCAUUGCA